GUUAGUUAUUCUGAAGAACUGGCUGCAUAGGUACCUAGUAACAGAACAAUACGAGUGUAAUGUUUUUCUUAUUAUCGUUGUUUUUCUACACUGUUGGUGCUGUCAUUGUAUCUCCACCGAAAACACCUACGCAAAUAUGUCCAGGCUCUAAAGAGCUUAUCCAUCCUCCCUACUGUGGACCACACGCCCACUAUGAGAAAUGCCCAGAUAGAUGUCCCAAAUUCUGUUCAUCUCUUCUGCGCCAAAAUGAAACUUGCUUACCAACACUGUGUUGUGCUCCAUCCUGCCAAUGCGAUAGUGGAUACCUGAGAAAUGACAAUACGUGGGCUUGCGUAAAGAAAGAGGACUGCCCCCAAUAUAACAACAUCAAAUGUAAAGUAAACGAGCAUCCAGUGGUCAACAUGACAAUCUGCCCGAAGACUUGCGGGAACCGGUUGCUUACGUACCCUAUAGACCCUUGUGAUCCUUUCACUGGGUGCGCCUGCAAUGAGGGAUACGUCAGACCGUUUGACAACGCAACUGGUACUUGUAUACCUGUAGGAAAAUGCCCUCCAAUUCCAAAGAAGUGUGGCUUCAACGAAUUGCCAACGAGCUGCGCGUUCGUGUGUCCGCCACAAGUUUGCGAAAUAGCAUACACCGAGUAUCUAUGUCUGCCACAUGAAUGCCAACCAGGAUGCAACUGCCGGCAAGACUAUCUGAGAGACUGCAACAACAUUUGCAUUAUCAACACUGACUGCCCUUUGCCUGGUGAAAAAUGUGUCCCCAUCUGUAGGCCUACUUGUGCCGUCCCCAACCCUCAAGGCUGCCGACCUCCAAGUCCAAAGGACCCUAAUGCAUGUCCAGACGGGUUUGUUUUAACCGAAGAAGGAGGAAAUUGUACAUAUAUUGAGUCGUGUCCAGAAAAUCAAGGUUGCAAUGGCGACCCCAAUGCGAUCAUAAGACGGUGUCCAUCGCCCUGCCCAUCCACUUGUGAUGCGCCUAAUUCAAACCUGGCGAAUUGUAAGAAAGAAUGCCAAUUGGGUUGUGAAUGCAAGGAUGGAUACAUUCGGCGAGAAGAGAACGGACCGUGCAUCUUACCCGAUGACUGUCCAUGUGGAAACCCUUGUAACCGGCCUAAUGAGGAAUACUCAUCGUGUACAGUAUCGUGCACGGAUACGUACUGCCCGACGGAUGACGAACAAAGAAUCAAAAUUUGCGAUUUCCCAUCGCCAUGCGACUCUGGCUGCGUCUGCAAACUCAACUAUAGAAGGUUAAGCACCUGUAAUGACACUUGCAUCCUAGCAGAGGAUUGUCCUCCAGUUGAGUGCACCAGGCCGAAUGAAGUGUUCUUCGGGUGCCGUCCAUUUUGUCCAAGAGAACAUUGCUCUUUUGUCGGACAACCUUGUUCACCACCUUUCGUUAGAACUUGCGAUCCUCGGUGCACUUGCAAAGAUGGCUACUACAAAAACGAUAAGGAUGUGUGCGUGCCGGAGUGCGAAUGUUCAUCAUGUCCCCUGAAAUGCAAAUCAACAUGCCUAAAUCCUAACCCCAAGAGCUGCAGUCGCUCCUACCCUAACUGCAACUGUAAAAGAGGAACGAUCUGGUCAUCGGAUGGGAGCAAGUGCAUUCCUAUAAGCGAAUGUCCAUAUGGCCCCAGCUGCAAUGGUGAUCGCAACGCCCACGUUAUGGAAAAACCGCCGGCUUGCCCAUCGACAUGUGACAUCCCAAAUGGUGCGCCUCUUUGUAAGAAAUUGGGAUUGGCUGUCGGCUGUGUCUGCAACAACGGAUACAUCUUGAAUAGUAAAGGAAACUGCAUCGACCCCGACAAGUGCCCAUGUGGUAAUCCAUGCGGUGUCAACGGGACGUUUGUGUCAUGCAAUGCCGACUGCCCUAACGAUAUUUGCCCCGUGAAUGACAGUCGGGGCGUCAUUGCUUGCGAUCCUCCUUAUCCUUGCCCUUCUGGAUGCGCCUGCAAACACAACUAUCAGUAUAGGAGCGAAAAGGAUCGAACGUGCAUUUUGGGACAGGAAUGUCCUCCUGUAAACUGCACCAGACCCAACGAGGAGUGGAAUAUCUGCCCUUCACUUUGUUUCGACGAAAGCUGCAGCGCCUUCAACAGUCCACCUCCCGUUUGCGACACAUUCCCUCUUCCAGAGUGCUUUCCAAAAUGCACCUGCAAGCCUGGCUUUGCCAGGGAUGAAAACGACGUUUGCAUUCCUGGGGAAGAAUGUCCAACCUGUCCUCUGGAAUGCAAAUCAACCUGCCUAAAUCCUAACCCCAAGAGUUGCAGCAGCAGCUUCUACUCAGACUGCAACUGUAAAGAGGGGACAAUCUGGUCAUCAGAUGGCAGCAAGUGCAUUUCUAUAAACGAAUGUCCAUAUGGCCCACCCUGCAAUGGUGAUCCCAACGCCUACGUUAUGGAAAAACCACCCGCUUGCCCAUCGACAUGUGACAGCCCAAAUGGUUCGCCUCAUUGCAAGAGAUUAAGAUUGGAUGUUGGUUGUGCCUGCAAGAAUGGAUACAUCUUGAAUAGUGAAGGAACCUGCAUCGACCCAGACAAGUGCCCAGGUGGCAAUCCAUGCGGCGUCAAUGGGACAUUUGUGCCAUGCAGUAUUAGUUGCCCUGACGAAUUUUGCCCCGUGGACGAUAUUCGGGCUAUGAUUGCUUGUGAUCCUCCCUACCCCUGCCCUUCUGGAUGCGUCUGCAAAUAUAAGUAUCAGUUUAGAAGCCAAGAGGACAGAACAUGCAUUUUGGCACAGGAAUGUCCUCCAGUGAAAUGCACCAGACCCAACGAGGAGUGGAAUAGCUGCCCUUCACCUUGUUUCGACGAAAGCUGCAGCGCCUUCAACAGUCCACCUCCUGUAUGCAACACCCUCGUAGAGCCAGAGUGCUAUCCGCAGUGCACCUGCAAGCCUGGCUACGCCAGGGAUGAAAACGACGUUUGCAUUCCUGGGGAACAAUGUCCUCAAAACUGCGGCGGAUCGUUACCCCAAUGAAAUUUAAAAUUCCAAUAAAAAUUGUAAACGUUUUUAUUUAAAUUAUUUUUUCCAGUUGAUUCAAUGAUUACUGUAUUAAACCGUGGAUGUUAAUUAUUCAUUAAUGAAUCAUUUUGUUAAUGAAUGGCUUGGAAACAAACUAUUUACUUUAUCAUAAUGUCAAUAAAACGAUUAAUCUAGAUCUGUCUUUC